GCCUCGGUCCGCUUUGUGACCUCACCGCUAGAAGUCCCUCCCACCAGCCCAGCGCGGCCGCCAUCUUUCAGUGUGUUCUCCUCACUGCGCCACGGUACACGGAAUCACCUUCUGCCGGGGACUGUCACCCCAAGCCCCCCAUCUGUCACCCCCCAACCCCCUCAUACCCACUGACCUCCUGCCCACCGCCACCAUCUCACCCGAGGCCAAAGCCUGUAAGGGGGGCCCUGUAGCGCCCUCAGCACCCUGCCGUGUUACAGUGCAAACCACACGUGGACUCAUGUGAUGUAGCCGGGUACACAAGUGACACUAAGCCCAGUACAGACAGUUAAUGCUUAUUAUGGCCGUGGAGGGCACCAGUGUCCAUGAAUCCUCCUCCCCAACAUCAAACCAUGAAAAUGAACACAACCUCCUCUUCCUCCCCGCCGAAAGGGAAGACGGUGAACUGGAAGAGGGCGAGCUGGAAGAUGAUGGAGGUGAGGAAGGGGCCCGCACUGAAGCCGAGCCACAGGCUCCACAGGCUCCACGGGAGAAGGGGGAGAAACAUCACAGUGAGUCAGAUGAUGAAAAAUCUCACCGCAGAAUGAAAAGGAAACGCCGAAAGGAGAAAGAGAAGAGAAGAGCAAAGAAGAAAAGGAAGUCUAAGCACAAGCGUCAUGCGUCUUCCAGUGAUGACUAUUCAGAUUAUAGUGAUGAGUCAGACUUCAGCCCUAGUGAGAAGAGUCACCGGAAGUACCGCGAGUACAGCCCAUCAUACCCACCACCGCAUCAGCCGUACCCACCUCCACCGCCACACAAUGUCCCACCUCCAAAGAAAGGCUAUCCCAAAAUGGAUAGCAAAAACUAUGGCAUGUACGAUGAUUAUGAGAAUGACCAGUAUGGGGAGUAUGAAGGUGAUGAAGGGGAUGAGAUGAAUAAAGAAGACUAUGAAUUUGCCAAGGAAUUGAGCUUGUACCGAAAAGCCAAAGAAGGCAACCAUCGUGCGAGAGGCAUGAGAGGACGGGGUAAAUUGAUUCGAGGACGGGGAAGAGGCAUGAUGCGGGGAAGAGGAGGCUUUAGGGGCAGAGGAGGUAGAGGGAGAGGAUUCCCAGGGGAGGAUCAUAUGGAGGAAGAGGAGAUGUAUGAUGAAGAAAUGGAGUAUUGUGAUGAAGAGAUGAUGGCAGAUGAGGAUUACGAUGAAUAUUCCAAAGAGCUGAACCAGUACCGCAAGUCUAAAGAAGGCAGAGGAUUUUAUAGAGGUCGGGGGAGAGGGCUCCGUGGGAGAGGAUUCAAAGGCAUGGGUCGUGGUAGAGGAAGAGGCAGAGGGAAAGGAAACGAUGAUGAUGAUUACUAUGAAGAAGAUGGAGAUGGAGGGAUGUACAGAAAUGACUAUGAGAAGCCUCACCAUCGAGCAGACAAGAAGGGAAAAGUCAUCUGUAAAUACUUUAUAGAGGGCCGGUGUACCUGGGGGGAGCAUUGUAAUUUCAGCCACGACGUGGAGGUUCCAAGGCGCCGCGGUCUCUGCAAGUUCUAUGUUACAGGCUACUGUGCCAGAGCAGACAGCUGCCCUUAUAUGCACAAUGACUUCCCUUGCAAGCUAUACCACACCACAGGCAACUGCAUCAAUGGCGAGGAGUGCAUGUUUUCCCAUGAGCCGCUCACAGACGAGACUCAGGAGCUGCUGGAUAAGAUUUUGGCUGAGGAUGCAGAAGCUGGUGCAGAGGAUGAGAAGGAUGUGGAAGAGCUGAAAAAACAGGGCAUAAAUCCUCUACCUAAACCACCCCCUGGGGUUGGACUCCUCCCUACACCUUCUGCCUCAACAGGAUCUUCUGGUUCCACAGCACAGUGUGACCCACCGUCCCCUACAUCUACUGCACCAUCUGGAAACUCUAAUUCUGCUCCUUCUCCUGGAGGUGCUUCCGCAAGUGUUCCGCUUCCGGCUUGCCCAGUUUCAGAUAUGCAGGGGCCUGAAAGUCCUUUAUCAGGAGGAAGUAUGCCUGGUGUCACUGGGCCAGUGCCUGAAGGCCCUGUGUUGGGUGGACAGGUUCUUGGAGUACCAUGUGGCCCUUUGCCUAGUGGUGGUCCAGUACCUGGAGGUCCUAUUUCAGGAGGACAAAUGCCUGGUGAUCCUGGUAUUCAGGUUCCUGGAGGUCCUUUGCCAGGAGACCCAAUACACUCCAUUCAAAUUUGUCCCAUUGAUCAAUUACCACCAGAAGGCCCAAUGCCCCAUUAUCAAGGAGGACCUAUGCAUCCCUGCCAGGGAGGGCCCAUGCCCCCAAUGCAGCUUGGCCCCGGAGGGCCCAUGCCCCCAAUGCAUGUUGGCCCGGGGGGGCCUAUGCCCCCAAUGCAUGUUGGCCCGGGAGGUCCAAUGCCUCCAAUGCAGGUUGGACCGGGAGGGCCCAUGCCUCCAAUGCAGGUUGGACCAGGAGGGCCCAUGCCUCCAAUGCAGGUUGGACCAGGAGGGCCCAUGCCUCCAAUGCAAGUUGGACCAGGAGGGCCCAUGCCUCCAAUGCAAGUUGGACCAGGAGGGCCCAUGCCUCCAAUGCAAGUUGGACCAGGAGGGCCCAUGCCUCCAAUGCAAGUUGGACCCGGGGGCCCCAUGCCUCCAAUGCAAGAUGAAGAUCCAAUGCUUGGAAGCCCAGGAUCUGGAGGUCCUCCAAUAGAUCAAAUGCCUGGAAGCCCAAUGUCUGGGUCUAUGGAUCCCCAAAUGUGCCAGCGCAAAAUACCUUCACUAUUUGAAAUUGUGGUGCGACCCACUGCCCAUUUGGCUCACAAACUGGGUGUCAGACCUCCUGGCCCACCAGGGGGUCCUCCAGGGCCACCUCCUCCAAGGUUUCCUGGGCCUAUGGGUCCUCAAGGCCCUAUGCAUCAUGACAUGGGCAUGGAUGAAGGACCCCCUAUGAUGCCCUAUGGCCCUGAUGAUGGCUCUGAGAUGAUGGUUGAUGGCCCACCUGGCCAGGAAUUCUAUGGUGAAUAUUAUCAAGACCUGAAUAUGGAGUUGGACCCAAAUAUGAUGGAGGACACCGGAGUCUAUGAUGAGUAUGGUGGGAUACAGGAAGAGCCUCACCAUUUCCAUGAGCUCCCACCAGAGCAGGCACCUGAAGACUUGGAUAUACAAUCCAACUUCAACAAAGGAAACAUCCCCGACUUCCUGCCCUCUACUCAGCGCGCCCUGUACCUGCGCAUCCAGCAAAAGCAGCAGGAAGAAGAAGAGCGAGCCAGGAGGAUGGCUGGGGGCUCCCAACACGAAAGAGACAAUGAAGAAGGUGAUCCUGGUAACUGGUACUCCAGUGAUGAGGAGGAAGGUGGAAGUAGUAUGACCUCAAUACUGAAAUCUUUGCGGCAACAGUCCUCUAACCGCACAGCUCAGCAAAUCCCUGCCCGAGACAUCAGUACGGGAAGCCAUGUUGACCCACGUUUGCAGAAGAGCCCAUCUAAUCGCCCCACAGACCCUCGUCUCUCUCGUGACCCUCGCCUUUCCCGAAACACAGACUCCACUCCAGCUGAGACGGGUCCAAGUGACCCUAGAUUGAGCCGACACCCUCCACAACCCAAACAGGAUUCACCAGUUAGUAAAAUGCCUGUAGACGAGGAAGAGCCCGAGAGGGUCUUGCGUGAGAAAACGGUCACUAUCCCAUUGGAACUGCUCCCUGGGCAGACGUUGAGAGACCCACGUACUCGGCUACAGCAGUUCAGCCAUAUCAAAAAGGACGUAAGUUUGAGCAAGCCCAGCUUUGCCAGGACUAUUCUGUGGAGUCCUGAAGACCUUAUUCCACUGCCCAUUCCCAAACAGGAGUUUGUCCCUGUGCCAGCGGCAUUACAGUCUAUGCCAGGCCUUGAUCCACGGCUUAACCGUCCAGCGCCUGUUGCUUCUCAUGACCCACGUCAGCGAGCAUCUGCUCCUGAAGCACCAGCACCUAAUACUAGCCUGCCUGACUUUGAACUUCUGUCUAGGAUUCUGAAGACUGUCAAUGCUGCCUCUGUACCCGCUACUGCUGUGCCAGCACCUGUUGAGAAACCUAGUGACCCCCGAACACGUAAGCCACCUGCUGACCCCCGGCUGCAAAAAUCAGCCGAACCCGUGCUUCCUGUACGACCUCCCGAACCCACUCAGCCUCUUCCCACAAUACCUCCUGCUGAGAGCACACCAACUAUUGCACCCUAUGAUCCUCGUCUACUAACUGCAGGAGGUCUGAGCAAGCCUGCUGGUCAAAGCAAUGUUUUGAGCUCCAUUAGUUUGUACGAUCCCAGGACGGGGAGUAAGACUUCAGCUGAGUCCGCUCCUAGCGAGACAUCAUCUAAGGGACUGGACAGUAAAGUUGCCAGCAAAGCAAAAGAGCCACUAUUUGUGCGCAAGUCUGCCCUUGACCAAGCAGAUGUUGAAAAAACAAACUCAGAGACUACAACUGACCGAUACAGCAGUUAUAAUCGGCCACGUACUAAAACUCCAGCUGCCUCAGAAAGCAGUCAGCCCGCUGUCCACAAUCUCCCUGUGCCAUCUGUCUACGGCUUGGUCAAGCAGGCCGCUAAGACAGGCAACGUCAGUCCCUUCGCCGGGAACAGCCCAACGCAGGACAGUGAGCAGGACGCUGGUUCCCUUAAAGAUGUUUUUAAAGGAUUCGACCCUACAGCGUCACCAUUCUGCCAGUAAUGUUCAUGUAUACAUUGUCAGCAACAACUCAAAUAUGUAUAUAUUUUUUUUAUAAUCUUAUUCCAUUCAUGCUCAUGUUUGUCCUUCUGUGCAUAAAUCCCACCUGUAGAGCCUCACCAAUUUGUUUUUAAUGAAUAACCAGUGUCUUGUGUAGUGACUGAUCCUUUCUUUUUUUGUACAUUAUUUUAAUGCUUUCUCUAUAAACAUACAUCUAUAUGUAUGUGUGUGUAUAUACAUAUAUUUACGGUGUAUUUCAAAGAACAACACAGUUUAAAAGUUGGAUUCCUAAUAUUGUACAAUCCUUUCUCUUUGUGUUGAGUGCACGUCAGUAACAGAGCACACAUUGUGUGAAGAGGCAGCUAGUUCCUAAUUUACUGUACCGAAAGCUGGUCGUGUCCCCUGGUGAAAGUGAACUGCUCUGCCAUCCUGCAGGGUUCCUGAGAGGCCUGGAUAGGAAUGGGCAGACGCAUCAUUGUAAAUAUAUAUAUAUAUUUAUAUAUAUAAAUAUCAUUUUUAUACCACAUUUAUGUAUGUGCUAUAUUCUACAAGGAGGAGCAAGUUCAGAAAAAAAAAAAAAUAUUUAUAAAUCGAAAUUUAAAGCUUGCCACUUGAGUAUUGUAAAGUUUUAUUUAAUAAAGACACCCCUCCAUUUACCCUCCUCCCCCCUAUUAAAUAUUCUCAAGAAACUGAGUUUUUGGUUCCCAAAUCACUAGACUGGUAACUGUAAAAUGAACGAGUGCUCUCUUUAUGAUAACCAUAGUAUCACUUAAUGGUCUGCAGGCUAAAUAAUGGGCAGUUACAACGUGUGUGUAAUUUAAUAGCUUGAAAAAGUUAAAAUGAUUUUCAUGAUUGGUCUGUCUUGCCCCUUUCCCUUCUUGUUUUAAUGAAGUGGAUACAGAACAGUUCUGCAGGUUCAUUCUUAUGUUUCGUUUUCUUUUCUUUUCUUACAUUUUGUAACCAUUUGUAUAAGAUCAGGGUGAACAGACGGUUAAAUCUGAGUGUUUUCGCUUCUUUCAUCCCCAGCUCACUCAUCAUGUGUACAGGCUGUGCAAAUAUAAAUCUCAAGUAUUCGGGACAAAAUGGUUCAUGUAUUAGAUUAUGAAUUGUUCGUGUGUAAAUAUCCGUGAAUGGCUGAACACAGAGAAUAAAUGGAAUUUUUCAUACUGAU